AUGGCCAAAGCAUUCAGCGCUCCAGGAAAGGCCUUUCUAGCAGGGGGGUAUUUAGUGCUAGAUCCCAAUUAUGAUGCAUAUGUGACGGCUUUGUCUUCUCGAAUGCACGCAAUAAUCGAACCAAGUGGAAUUGUGAAUUCAAACGAUUCAGUCUUGCAUGUACUAUCACCCCAAUUCAAGGAAGGGGACUGGAAGUAUAGAAUAGAAUAUGAAAGUCAAGCAAUAGAAGAGGUAAAUGGCAAGAAGAAUCCAUUUUUAGAAGCUGCAGCAAAAACUGUCUUGUCAUAUGCCCAACCGAAGGACAAGUUCAACUUGAAGGUGACUAUAUUUUCCGAUCCGGGUUAUCAUUCACAGAAUAAUACCAUCAAACAGGCAUCUUCAAACGGUCAAAAAUCGUUCUUGUUUCAUGACUUAUCAAUUAAUGACGUGCCAAAGACUGGAUUAGGGUCGUCUGCGGGAUUGGUCUCUGUGGUGACAACCGCUUUGAUGUCGUAUUUUGAACCCGGUAGCGAAUCAUCCAUUGAUAAUUUACACAACUUGGCCCAAAUAGCACAUUGCUUGGCUCAGAAAAAGAUUGGUUCUGGGUUUGAUGUAGCAGCGGCAAUAUAUGGGUCUAUCAAAUACCGUCGAUUCCAACCAAGCGUAGUUAACGACGUGCUUGCCGUUUUGGAAACUGAUCCUACUCAUUUUCCUCAAGCAGUAAAGGCGGUUGUUGAGAAACAAUGGGAUUUUAAACAUCUCAAAUGCUCAUUGCCCUCAGGAGUGAAGUUGCUAAUGGGAGAUAUUGAAGGAGGCUCUGAAACUCCAAAAAUGGUGUCAAAGGUAUUACAAUGGAGGAAGGAGAAUCCGACCGAAAGUAAGCAAAUUUAUGAAUACUUGAACAAGGCUAAUAAUGAGUUUAUGGAUGCCGUGGACAGACUUAAUAAUGCACAAGAUGAAGAAGUGAUAGCAGAUUUGACAAGAUCGCUUCUAGACAUCAGACAAGGCUUGAAACAGAUGACAGAACAGGCACAUGUACCAAUUGAACCAGAAGUACAAACACAAUUGUUAGAUCGUAUCAGUCAGUUGGAAGGCUGUAUAGGAGGUGUUGUCCCUGGCGCUGGCGGCUUUGACGCAAUAGCUGUACUUGUAGUCGCCUCUAAAGUUGGUGCUAUAAAGAAAGCUACCGCAGACAGACCAGAGGUUUAUAAUAAUGUGCAUUGGGUCGACUUACACGAGGAAGCAGAUGGGUUGAAGGUUGAAAAUGCCGAGGAUUAUGAAGGGAUUGUAUAG